UUGUUCCAGUUUGAGUGCGCAAUCGCGAGGAGCUGGGCAGGUGAGACAAACCUGGGCAACUUGCAGAGAGAGGCUCGCCUCUGGUUGCACCCCUCCCGCUUGGACUUUAGCUCUGCCCCGGGGAGAGAGGAAAUGGGAACGCCGACCAGGAGAGGCUUCCACCGAAAAGAAGUGAACAAGACACUGUGGGAAGUGCCGGUCAAGUACAUCGAUCUCAGCCCGAUAGGAUCGGGGGCGUACGGCAGUGUGUGCUCAGCUAUUGACCAGAAGACAGGGGAGAAAGUGGCUGUGAAAAAGCUGCACCGCCCCUUCCAGUCUUUAAUGCAUGCCAAGAGGGCGUACCGUGAACUGCGACUGCUUAAACAUAUCAAACAUGAAAACGUGGUCUGUUUGCUGAAUGUAUUUUCACCUGAAGACUACUUGCAGACAUUCCAGAGCUUUUACAUGGUGAUGCCAUUUAUGGAGCAUGACCUGAGUCACAUCAUGAAGAAACAGAAGCUCCCUGACAACAUGGUGGUGUUCCUAUUGUACCAGAUUCUAUGUGGCCUGAAGUACAUCCAUUCUGCUGGGAUUAUACACAGGGACAUUAAACCAAGUAAUCUGGCAGUGAACCAGAACUGUGAACUAAAGAUUUUGGACUUUGGGUUAGCUCGUCACACUGAGAUGGAGAUGACAGGCUAUGUCAUUACUCGCUGGUACCGACCCCCAGAGGUUAUCCUGAACUGGAUGCAUUACAGUUACUCAGUGGAUAUUUGGUCGGUGGGAUGUAUCCUGGCUGAGAUGGUCACCAGGUCUGUGACCUUCCCUGGAUUUGACCAUUUUGACCAGCUGAAAAAGAUCAUGAAGGUAACAGGAACACCACCAAAAUACCUGGUGGAUAACAUGAACAAAGACGCAAAAACCUAUGUCCGUUCCCUCGCACCUCAAGAGAAGAAAAAUUUCAAGCAAGUCUUUCCAACAAUGAAAAUCGAAGCUGUCGAUCUGCUGGAAAGGAUGUUAUUUCUAGAUCCUGAUAGGAGAAUAACAGCUGGCGAUGCAUUAGCCCAUUCUUAUCUCAGCGAGCAUCAUGAUCCAAACAAUGAGCCACAAGCAGAACCAUACGAUGAUUACUUUGAAAGUCUAGACCUUAAGGUUGAAGAAUGGAAAAGCCUUCUUCACAUGGAGAUUACAACUUUUGACCCAGAUAACCCAAGACAAAUGGCAACCUGAUACAACUCGGUCACUAGAGGCAGUACAUUCAUAAGAACCGAAUCUCCAAUCACAAUGCAAUGUCUUAGCAUGGGUUUAUCGCUUUUGUCCCAUGGGUGAUUAGUGCAGCAUUGUUCCAAAAUUGUUAUGGAAGGCUUCAGUCACUAGAAAU